UCCGGGGAGGGGCGGAAGAGGCGGGCUGGUGGGGGUGGGGCAAGAUGGCGGCGCCAUUGAGGAUUCAGAGCGACUGGGCCCAAGCUCUCAGGAAGGAUGAAGGGGAGGCCUGGUUGAGCUGCCAUCCUCCAGGGAAACCAUCUUUAUAUGGCAGCCUAACUUGUCAGGGAAUUGGCCUGGAUGGCAUUCCAGAGGUUACAGCGUCAGAAGGAUUUAUUGUAAAUGAAAUAAACAAGAAAAGCAUUCAUAUUUCAUGUCCAAAAGAAAGUGCAUCUUCUAAGUUUUUGGCACCAUACACUACUUUUCCCAGAAUUCAUACAAAGAGCAUAACAUGCCUGGACAUUUCCAGUGGAGGAGGCCUCGGUGUGUCUUGCAGUACUGAUGGGAGCAUGAAGAUCUGGCAGGCUUCUAAUGGAGAACUCAGAAGAGUAUUGGAAGGACAUGUGUUUGAUGUGAAUUGUUGCAGGUUUUUCCCAUCAGGCCUUGUGGUUCUCAGUGGGGGAAUGGAUGCCCAGCUGAAGAUCUGGUCAGCUGAAGAUGCCAGCUGUGUGGUGACCUUCAAAGGUCACAAAGGAGGUAUCCUGGAUACAGCCAUUGUUGAUCGUGGGAGGAACGUAUUGUCUGGUUCUCGAGAUGGAACUGCACGACUUUGGGAUUGUGGGCGCUCAGCCUGCUUGGGAGUCCUUGCAGACUGCGGCUCUUCUAUCAAUGGAGUGGCAGUGGGUGCUGCUGACAACUCCAUAAACCUUGGCUCUCCAGAGCAGACGCCCAGUGAACGAGAGGUUGGAACCGAGGCGAAAAUGCUGCUGUUGGCCCGGGAAGAUAAGAAGCUUCAGUGCUUGGGACUACAGAGCAGGCAGCCGAUAUUCCUUUUUAUUGGUUCAGAUGCCUUUAACUGCUGCACGUUUCUCUCUGGCUUCUUGCUGUUGGCUGGGACACAAGAUGGAAACAUUUAUCAGCUGGACGUGAGGAGUCCAAGGACUCCAGUACAAGUCAUCCAUAGAUCAGGAGCACCAGUUCUGUCCCUGCAGAGUUUCCGAGAUGGAUUCAUUGCUAGCCAAGGUGAUGGAAGCUGUUUCAUUGUUCAGCAAGACUUAGACUAUGUCAUUGAGCUCACCGGGGCUGACUGUGACCCUGUGUAUAAGGUAGCCACAUGGGAGAAGCAGAUCUACACGUGCUGUCGCGAUGGUCUUGUACGACGCUAUCAGCUUGCCGACCUCUGACCCCUUGGAGAAGAGAAAUCCCAGUUCAUGAAAAGGAUUGACCCUGAUCACCGAUGAGCAGAAACAUCGUCAGUCCUUCCCAAGGUCCAUGGCCUUUAAUGUCUUGACAUCUGGAAGUCCCAGAAGGCAGCUUUACUGGCCCUUUGGAACUAUUAUCCCCACACCUACCCUGAACUGUGAAACCAGCGUACGUAUGCACACUGGAUUGGCCCCAAACUCUCCCAGUAUGAACUCAUCCUGGCACCACAGGGCAAGGAUAUGGGUGCUUAUAGUUCGUCCCACACCGACUGCAUUAAAUGUUUACAUGGACCAGAGGACUGAAGCCUCUUCUCUGGAGGAAAUAAAGAAAAUAUGUUUGGAAGA